AUGAGUUGCCAAUCUUUCACUUCGGCCGAUACCUUUAUUCCUCUGAAUUCUGAUGCUUCUGCAGCUCUGCCUCUGAUAAUGCAUCACAGUGCCGCUGAGUGCCUUCCAGUCUCCAACCAUGCCACCAACGUGAUGUCUACAGUCCCGUCUAUUUUGUCUUUGAUCCAAACUCCUAAAUGUUUGCACACCUAUUUCUCGAUGACGACUGUGGGAAAUACAGCGACGGGACUUCAUUAUUCUGUGCCUUCCUGUCAUUAUGGAAACCAGCCAUCCACCUAUGGAGUAAUGGCGGGCGGUCUAACCCCCUGUCUGUACAAGUUUCCGGAUCACACCCUGAGUCAUGGCUUUCCUCCACUGCACCAGCCUCUCCUGGCCGAAGACCCCACAGCCUCUGAGUUCAAGCAGGAGCUCAGGAGGAAAAGUAAACUGGUUGAAGAGCCAAUUGACAUGGACUCCCCAGAAAUCCGGGAACUUGAGCAAUUUGCCAACGAAUUUAAAGUGAGAAGGAUUAAGUUAGGAUACACCCAGACAAACGUGGGCGAAGCUCUGGCCGCUGUGCACGGCUCAGAAUUCAGCCAAACAACCAUCUGCCGAUUUGAAAACUUGCAGCUCAGUUUCAAAAAUGCAUGCAAACUGAAAGCAAUAUUAUCCAAGUGGCUGGAGGAAGCUGAGCAAGUCGGAGCGUUGUACAAUGAAAAAGUGGGAGCGAACGAGAGGAAACGGAAACGAAGAACAACUAUCAGUAUUGCAGCUAAGGAUGCUCUGGAGAGGCACUUUGGACAGCAGAGCAAGCCUUCCUCUCAGGAGAUCAUGCGGAUGGCUGAAGAACUAAACCUGGAGAAAGAAGUAGUAAGAGUUUGGUUUUGCAACCGAAGGCAACGAGAAAAACGGGUGAAAACCAGUCUGAACCAAAGUCUGUUCUCUAUUUCGAAGGAGCACCUGGACUGCCGAUAAGACUCGGGCGGGGUAGCCAUUUGGGUAGCAGUUUUCCACGCCUUUCAGUUUUUGAGCAAAAUCAGGAG